UCACAAAAUAGUGUUUUUGCUGCUAUUACUUUAGUACUUUCACUUGUGACACUAUCGAUUGUCGAACUGUUGAUCCAUUAAUGUUCAUAUUGCCAGCUAUGCUACACCAUCAUCACCAUUAUCAUCAUCAUCAUCGUGACAUUUUACUUACCACAACGUUGCAAUUUAUCAUCCUUGUUACUCAGAUUUUACCAUCGACUCAAGUUGUUGGUAUGAUUCCGCAAUCAAGCGAUUCAUCAUCUAUUCCACCACCCCUACCACCACCAGUACCAGUAAAAUUUGGUGAAAAAGAUGCAGUACACGAUACAGCGCAUAUUAAACAACAUUUGAAACACAAAUUGGACGUUGCCAAAAUAUCAUUGAACAAAAAUUUGGAAACUUUCCACUAUUUUCGAAUGCAUGAUUUAAACAAAGAUGGAAAAAUUGACGGUAUUGAAAUUAUUAAGGGAUUAACCCAUCUACAUGAAGAAAUGAACAAGGAUACAGGACCAAUUUCUGAAGCAAAACUAGAAGAAAUGGUAUCAGAAACAUUAAGAAAAUUGGAUACCGAUGACGAUGGUUAUAUAACAUACGCUGAAUACAGGCAAAUCGUUUAAAGCUAAUAUAUAUAUAUUUUUUUUUCCGAAUGUUUCAUGUGUCAGAACUUCUAAUUCUUUUUCAUCCUAUUUAAGUGAUCCGAAAGGAUAUAAAGUUGUUAUAAUGCCUUAUUCUUUUCAUUAUCAACGUUCUUUAACUCUAUUGGUUGACUCAACUGUUCUUUUUUUUUCUUUUUACUGAUGAAUGAUAUUUGAGUUGCUAGCACUUUCAAACAAUUAAUCAUUUAUCAACGUUCUCACCCAGUACUUGCAACUUCAAUUCCAAUUUCAAAUUAAAACAAGCAAUAUUAAAGAAAAAAAAAAA